AUGUACUCGUUGAGCGAACUAGACGAACUCGUUGAGCGUCUGAAAAUGGAGGAGGGGGAAUUUUUGGGAGUAAAGGAGGGAAGGGCUGGAAAUUUCGUAGGGCAAUUUGUAACAACUGAAGAUAGGAAUACACAACUGGGAGUGUGGAAUUGCCGAGCCGGAACUAGCUGGGCCGGGCCGGGCCGAGCCGAGAUAACAACUCACAGGCAUUGCUGGGCAGGCCAGGAAUCGUCGAGUCGGAGCAACAUUUGUGAUUUGCUAUGUCGAGCCAAGAACUGUCGGGUCAAAAUAGGAAUAAGACUAAGUAUACGGCAACUCUCGGUUGAUCCUUGCUCCGGUACUUCCUGCCUCGUCAAAUCCAGAGUUGAAAUGGCUCAACUGUGUGCUCACAAAAUUUUGUUCAAAUUAGCGAAACUUCGUCCAGGCGUCGCUUCAGUGUUUCGUUCUCGGACAUUUGCGACAGAAGCCAACCCUGAAGACUAUGGAUAUUAUCCUGAUCCUUUGGAGGCGGCCACUGGCCGUGAGAAGAAAAUGCUUCUCGCGCGACUUGCUGGCGACGAUCGAUAUGAGCCGAAAGUUUACUAUCGAGCCGAAGCGUCGACACGAGAAAAACCCAAUCUCGUGCCAUCUCAUUUUAAUGAACGGAUAAUCGGAUGCAUGUGUGAACCAGAUAGUGGUCAUGUGAAUUUUAUGAUGAUCCGUAAAGGAUCACCAAAAAGAUGCGAGUGUGGACAUUGGUUCAAGGCUAUUGACGCUGAUCCUGAAUCUGUUUGA